UUGUAAAUCAACGUUACGAACCGGAAGUUCAAAAUCCAGGAGGUUUUAUUGGUAGCAAUGUGUUAAUUAAAUGUAAUAUACCGCCGUUUGUUAAGGGGUAUGUAACGGUAGCAUCAUGGCUGCAGGAACCAAAUAUCAAUAUAUACCCAUCGCUAGAAGGAGAUGGGAAAAAUCAUAUGCUACCGACCGGCGAACUUCUGGUGUACAACAUAACUCGCACCGAUGCACACAAAGUUUGUCGCUGCCGCACCCAUCACAAGCUGACGCAAGACUCCGUUGUGAGCAGCAAUAUGGGCAAAAUUCAAUUGACUGAAAUGCGUGAACUAGUACCGCCCAUAAUGAACGUGGUGGCACGUUUGGGCGAUCCCGUUGUGGUACCAUGCGUGGAGUACGCCAACCCGAAUCGGUAUUUAUUUCUUAUUUUCAUUUAAUGCUUGUUGUUUUAAUUUUACCUGCAACGCUUAAUGUGCCACAAAGGAUAAUAAUCUGCAAAAAGAUUUUGUUGAAUGAAAAUAUAUAAACUCCUACAGAGCUGAAAUCAAAUAAAAACACAUUUUUACUUGUGUGCUUAAGUCAUGAUGAAUAAUCACUAGUUAAAUGAGUUAAGCAUCCAUCCCCUCUAUCCGGUAAAACUGGCGCAUCCUAAUACGCCAGCUUAAUUCACCACAGCUGAUGACAUUACAACACAUCACCAAUGAAACACACCACUCUCAUACGCAACCCAACUCACAAAAGGAAGCGACAACGGGAAAGCCCAUCAAUUCGUCAGCUGCAGUUCGCCCAUCAACAUUCGCCGUACACAAAUUCGAUUCCCCACUGCGCCGCGUAAACAUUAUAUUGUUUUUUUAAACAAUUCGACGCACACCUUUCGCACGUCAACUUUUGAUUAUCGCAUUCGUUUACAAACCGCGUCGACACCUAGAUGCUCAUCUUCUAUCGAUACCGAUCCUGUGCGCUUCGGAAAUACAAUUAAGUGCUCAGCGGUCCUCUGCGAUAUGGUCGUCAUUACCUUGUGCAAUCAUUCCUUUUAAUUUUAUGAAAAUUCAAUAAAGUUAACUC